AUGUCGGCUUUCGGGGAGUCCUGUUCACGUCUCUCAGCAGCAAAUCUUAGCUUCAGGAAUUCCCGACGAGGAUCAUCUCAUGCUAACCUUCCUGAAACAAAAGGAUCAGCUAAAGCCACGUCACGUGUGAAGGUGAUGAACCUCAAACCGCUGGAGGAUAUGGUAACCUGUGCCAUCGAUUUGAAUUUCCUCGAGGAUCCCCGUCUUCUUCCAUGCGGCCACGUGUUCUGUCGCCAAUGCCUCGAUUCCUACAUUCUACAACUUCUCUCCCGUCCCAAGAGAAGCGCUUCAUCCAGUCGACCUCAAUUGCCAUGUCCCAUCUGUCGGGCGCUUCACACGAUACCUGAGUCGAACGCUGCUCGUGACUACCCCAAGUCUUUUAACCACAAUACGAUUCUGGAAUACAUUCGUAGUCAAGCCUUCAUGGUGGAGCCCAGCGAUUCUGGGACGUGUAGUGGGGGGCCCAGUUCAUCGCGUAGCAGCUUUCACAGUCCCUCGCCCAUGGAGCGGCGUAAGACCUCUCUAAAUGUUACCUCCGAUGAGUUGAAUAGCGUUGUUGCUAACAUUGUGGCUCUUAAGCGAAGCAAAAGCAAUGCUGUCUUGAAUUUGGCUCAAGUGCUCCAUGGGGUUCGAAAGUUGGCAGAAUCGUCAGAACUGAAACAAUGUCGGCAACAAGAACAGCUACCACAAGGACAGCAAACUCAUUUCGACCUUCCAGAACCAGAAAUGGUUGAACCGUCAGCUCCUCCAGCGCCCUUGUCCACUCCAGAGAUGAAGGGAAUUGCAUCACCAAGAAAACAGCGUAAUGACUCUUCACGAAGAAGCAGUAGUGGAAGAUUUCGUUCGGCUGCAAGUCAUGCUCUCGGUGCGGGGCCGUGUCGAUCAGACUCCGAAAGAUUAAGCUAUGCUAAUUACCGAGAACUCUUAACAGCGAGGACUGUGAUGAUGCGGAACUCUGACUACGUUUGCCUCUGGAAGACCCUUGGUCAAUGCAAUAGCAUACCACGUGAAGAGAUCCCAUACAUUAGUAUGCAUCUCCUGCCUAAUCAGUCGAGAACUCACGUAAUGCAGUACACAGUCAGUACCGAUGGAACCAACGAUGUUCUUCACUUGUGGCGCAAAAGAGUACCUAUUCAUCCCGGGCGCAAGGGUUUCACAGUCUCCCCAAAUUUAAGGAAAUUAUCAGAGGAAGAUUCGGAAGCCAUUCUUCGGCAACGCUGGAGCCUCGACAGUAUCUCCAGCAUGGGGAAACUAGAAGUACAAUACAUCCGGUUCUUCAGAAACCGCAUCUAUAUGACAGUGAUUGUUCGACAACCAAGUCAGGACGCUGGGAUCUCCAGAGAUACCACAAUAUCUGCUGAUCUCAUCGAUCCAGGUCUGGUGGUGUGUUGCGCCCUGCCAGAUCCAAAUUACAUCUUCACAAGCAACGAGUUUGGUGGUGAUUGUGAGAGGCAUAAAUUUAAUACAAUCGACGUCUCGAGUAUCUUCCUUCGCGACGCGGUGGGCAUGACACAAAUGGGACGACCCACAGUCGCGGGUCUGGACAUCGACCGAGUGACUGGUGCUAUUUAUGUUGCCCUCUGUGCCAACGCCAUGGUCUGUCGUCUUAACCCUGAUGAUCUAAAACAAGUUGAUAGAGAGUGGUUUUUGAAUAAUCCUCAACUCUCUCCGUCCUUCCUUUGCAUCGCCAGGCAGGAAAAUGAGGUGUGGGCGAGUUGUCCGCUUGACGACAAGGUCUUCAUUCUAGACCUCACUACGGACACUUUCACGCAAUUCACGCCCAGUGUUAUGUUUAACAUUGUGCCUUCACAUAUUAUUUGCACUACCGAUGAACGUAUAAUGCUACUAGAUAAGAAGUGGUCAAGGAUCUACUGGCUUCAGCGCGUGCAGCAGAGCAUUUGCAGUCAGCGCAUUGACCACACAAUGAAGGAGAGGAAGAAACGAGGUAUCGACAUAAUUCAGCCGAUUGACGAUACCACACUGAGCGAAUGCCUUGCAACCUCCUGGCCAAACCACUUUUGUGGGGGAAUAAUGUGCGCCGACAAGAAGGGGGCCUAUCUUAUUUAUCCUCGGAGGGAAAGAUACAUCUACUUCUUCUACUCGCCCCACUCCUCCAUGGCAUUGACAACCUUCAGACCUCCGUCGCCGCGGAAUUACUCGAGUGUCCCUACUCCUCUCACUGCUUCUGUUCAUCUGCCAUGA